AUGUUGUUCAGCAAGUACUUGACUGCAUGUGUUUCUCUAUUCUCUAUGGCGAUGGCUGUCACCAUCAGCCAAAAUACAAUCAACAGAGGUUUUCUUAACUUGGAUAUUGGUGAUAUUACAAUUGAAGAUGGUGUCUAUUGGUCUAUUAUCGACAAUGCCAUUAGUGCAAUGGCCGGUUCCCUUAAAGUCGGUCAGGGUUCUGGUUUUUACAUUACUAGUACUUCUAGUUUGAUUGCAUCCACAGUCACUCUUCUUUCUCCAUUGGGUAGUCUUGAAAAUAAUGGUAUUAUUUCGUUCAAUGCGUUACAAUCAUUAACUGCGCCUGUUUACAAUCUUGUCGGUCUCUCCUUCACCAACAAUGGUGAAAUGUACUUAGGAGGUGAUGGUUCUGUUCUUGUUCCAGUCCAGCUGAUUACAUCUGCCACCUGGGACAACAAUGGUUUAUUGGUUUUCUACCAGAACACAAGAUCUACUGGUCCAGUUCUUCUUGGUGCUCCAUUGGGAACAAUAAACAACAAUGGUCAAAUCUGUUUGUACAAUGAACUUUAUACUCAGACUAACAAUAUUGUCGGUACAGGUUGUAUCACUGCCAAUACAGACUCCAGCAUCUUCUUUUCCAAUACCCUCUUGAAUAUCGAUCCAAACCAAACAAUCUAUCUUGCUGAUCUGGCAUCUUCACUUAGAGCUACUGCCAUCAGUGUUCCAAAGACUUUCACCGUCGCUGGAUUCGGAAACGGUAACACAAUUGGUUUAGAUAUUCCACUUGUCAAUCUUCCUCCUUUACUUGAUGCCUGGGAUUAUGAUGCUUCAGCUGGCAUAUUGACCCUUCGUGGUGCUGGUUUGUUAUCGCAAAAUUUCCUUAUCGGUACUGGUUACGACAACGGUCUCUUCUCUAUAACUACUGACGAUGAUCUUGGAUUACUUUCUGUUCCUUUUGGAGCAGUAACUUAUUCGGGACCAGUUCCAAACCCUGGUAUCCCAGCUGCAUGUCAACCUUGUAAGACACUUCCCGACUCACCAGGAACAAGUGCAACUACUUCUACCACUACAAUUGUAUCCACCAACUCUGACGGAUCAAUAUGUACUGAAGUCGACGGUAUUGUCAUUGCCACUGAUAGCCAAGGUUCUUGGUUCACUACCACCACCACUAUCUCUGAAACGUGUGCCAGCAAUCCAACUACUACUAUCACCUCUACC